UUUCUCUCCCUAUAAAUGCCUCUCUUCCUUCCUUCUCUCUCUUCAUCGCCGAACCCCAAACCCUCUCGUUCCUGUCCCUGCUCCGAUUCUCGCCUAUUUGCUCGCCUCAGAUUUCCCACAAUGAGAUCGCUAAGACUCUUCGCCUUCCCGAUUCUCAGUAUUCUUCUCAUGGCCUUCUCUUAUCUCGGCCAAGCACAGGCACAGGAUUUGGCUUCUUCUCCAGCACCUCCUCCUUCAAGCGAUGGCACUGCCGUUGAUCAAGGAAUUGCUUACUUUCUCAUGGUGGUUGCGCUCGCUAUCACGUACCUAUUCCAUUGAUUUCGGAUUAUUUCGCUCCCCAGAUUCAUUUUGGAAUACAUAUUUUUUUUUCCGAGGGAAUUCCAAUAUUUUUGUAUUGUAAUUAGCAAUAAAAUUAUGCUCUUGCAAUAAAAAAAAUUUUACCCUUACAUCUGUCCGUAGCCAGACCACGCUACUCAAUGCAAUGCUUCUAAAUAUAAUUUUAGGUUAUUAUGCCGGACAACGGACGUUGACGGAAGGAAAAUUAUUGGGUUGUGCUUUUAAAUAAAAUAAUAAAAUAAUAUCUGAUUGGAACAGCUCAAGUCCACUUGGUUAGGGCAUCGAUUCGUGUCACCUUUCCAAUGAGUAAGAAUCCGAGAAGGAAGCCAGCAGAAAUUGAACUGCGAGACAUGCGCGUACAACUGGUCAAGCUUUACAAUUCGUCAAUGUUGAAUGUCCUGGAUUUUAAGUUUCUUUUUCCGAAAAACAAAAAUUGAUUUGGUCCUUUUAAUUCAUUUCGUUUAGGGAGAAGGAUAAACAAAUUUCAAAAAAAUUAAUUAAUUUAAAUUAAAUUUCAAGUUUUAAACUCUAAAAAUUUACAAAUUUAUCUUUUAAUUUUAUAACUGUAUAGUAAUGAAUUUAUAAUUUAUUUUUUAAAAUUUUAAUAUGAAAAAUUUAUUUUUUCUGUUAAAAUUUAAAAUACAAGUUGUAAAUUUAUCAUAAUAAAAUUACAAAAUUAAAAGAUUAAAUUAUAAAUUUUAAAAUUUAACAUUUAAAACUUAACUUAAAUCAAUUGAUUCUUUAGGAUUUCUCUCUCAUUCUUUUUUUGGUGAAUUACUCCACGCUCAAUGUCAGGAAGUUGUUAUCAUAUAGCAGUAUAUUUGACCAAAAAAAUAUAGGGAGAGUUCUUCAAAAAUUAUUUGCAUAUAAGGAGUAAUAACAAUUUCCAUUUAAAAAUAAUAAAUUUAUUUUUUAUUUUAGUAACAAUUCAACCUGUAUUAAUUUUUAUUUGUAAGUAAAUUUUUUGUUAAGUUCUUAGGUUUGAUUCUCUCCAAAAUAUAUAUACAUUUGUAUUAUCAAUGAUAUACUUUUUUUGGGUACCUUUCAGAAUUAUAAGGGCACAUCUAUGAGCUUAGGAUA